AUGGUAAAAGUAGGUAAAUUUGCAAAGGCAGUAGGUAAUAAUACCAAAGACAACAUUAAAGAAAAGGCAGAGGAAUUUGCAAAUCAAUUAAAAGAGGACCCUCUUUCUAUUAUUGAUGUUAGUGUAGUUGUCAAUUUUGUUCAAGAUCCACUUGGUGUAUUGGAAGAGACUUUGACUGAUCCUGAGUUCAUUGGAUCGUGUAUCGCUACUGCUCUCGAAUGUGUUCCAGGUGUUGGUCCAAUCUUAGCAAGUGUAUUCUCGUUGUUUUGGCCUACUGAUCCUGCCAAACAACCUGUCACUCGAGAAGAACUGGACAAGAGAUUGGAAGAAUUCAAAACUGAAAUGAUUGGUAUCAUGGAUAAAAAGAUUCAAGAUAGUGAAGUUAAAACAUGGAAAACUAUUUGUGAAGCAUUCUUUAAUGGAAUUGUUAGUUCAGCUCCUAUCCUUCAAGACAAGAUCAAUACACUCAAACAUCGUUUGGCUGAAGAUGGAAAGGCAGAUUCAACACUCAAAACCUAUGUCAGAGAAGCAUUGGAACUUCAAAGAGUACAAAUCAAAACAAUCAUCCAAUUUUGUGCUUCAAAAGAGUUCCUCAAAGAUAUUGUCAAAUUUUAUCAAGACAGUUUAUUCAUGUACAUCUCUGUUAUGAAUGUAUUAAAUACAUGGUGGUAUCAAUUAGAAGUUGAUGAAUACUUUAUCAGUGGAAAGGCAGCCAAUGAGAAUGCAGGUGAAGUAAAGUCAUUGAGAGAAAGGUUACAUAUCACUUUACAAAAGGGUAUUAAUGAUAUUGCAACUGGCGCAAUGCAAGUACAUCCCAGUUACCUCCCAGAAUUCUAUAAAAACGGACACCUCUUGUUAAAGAAUGAUUCAUGGUGGUAUCCAGUCAAACUUUUAAUUCAUCCAGAACAAAAGAGACCUGUUGACACUUCGUUUGACAAUAGAAACUUUUAUUGUAACCCCGUAGAGCUACCAGACCUUGAACACGCCUACAUUUAUCGUAUCGACGCUGCCUAUUUCUACCCCGGUCAACUACAAGAUUACAUGGAAGGUAAACGUGUCUUCCCGGAUAGUAUUGAGCCAAUAUCCGGAUGUUACGGUCUCUAUCCAACUCCAGGUUCCAGUCUCCCUAUCACUAUACUAGGUGAUGUCAAGAGAAAGGUACAAGUGCGUGUAUUGACCACCACCGUCUACGACAAGACCUCUUUAACAGUCUAUGAUGCAGAAUCCAAUAAUUUCAAUCCACACCCACGUCCAAGCCCCACCGGUAUCGGUCAUCGAUCUGCCAUGAUCAGAGCCAUCACCGACCCAGUUCAAGUGGUUGACCAACACAGCAAUCGAAACGAUUACACCCAAAGUGGAUUCGCAUGGAGUCAGAUGAUGCAUACCAACAAUGUAUCACUCCAAUUCAGUGGCUACAAAUCUCUCUUUUUACCCAAAUUCUUUGCUGAAAGAGUAUUGUUUGUUGAAAUCAUCAUUCAUGACAAAUCUGACCAAUCACCAUUAACAAAUCCUCCACUCCCAGAAGGCAAUGAUAAAUUCACUGUUAAUCUUGGUCAAGAAACAGAAACAACAACUGUGGUAUUGCCACCAUGGCCUCUUUCCCAACCGUCUAAACAUUUUGACGAGGACAUUUAUAAUGUUACUAUAACAACCUCUUUUGUAAACUUAUUCAAAAGUUAG